UUUCGCUUUGCUUCUACGCCGUGGUCCAAUUUCAACUCCCCUGGUCGCCCGUUGUCGUUGUCCAUCUGCAGCUGGAAGAAUCCGUCUUUCUUCUCUACCCGCCAGCCAGCCAGCCACCGUCAUCUCCCUCUCCCACUGCUUCAACUCCCUUUGGCCAUUGACCUCCCACACUCCGGUGGGUGUUAACGUCACAUUUUUUUAUUCCCUACUUCUCGUUGUAUUAUCUUCCUUGCUGUCCCCAGAGUCCAACCAUGGUCCUCACUUCACCCCGUUCCUCUGGCGCUGAGAGGACGAUCCGCAAAAUUGACAUUGCCCAGGUGUCUCUCAGUCUACAAGAUCGCUUGGGCCUUGCCAAGGUCAAAUACCAAAACGGUCGUCUGCAUUCUUUGGAGCCAGCUCAACAGUUCAAUGGGACACGCACUUUUCUCGGUGGUGAUAGGCCUUUCGAUUCAUCCUCCGAACUCUCGCGAAGUCGUUACGAGACACCCUUGACCUCUCCUCCUCUCCGCACAUCGAACAUUUCGAAGGAACUUCCCAGAUCCGCACACAACAGGCAUGCCGCAACCUUCAACUCAAGGGCCAUGCAGCCUAUGCUAUCUGUGAAUAAGAAGCGUGUUCGAACGGACUGCAUAUCGGACCGCCCGGCCAAGGCGUCUCGAGUCUCCUGGAAAAGCUCGCAUCGUCUGCCGGAAUCGUCCCCGGGAUUCAACCGACACAGACACACUCAUCUCUCCUUUGUGUCCGAGAUUGGCACCAUUCCUGAGAUGUCGUCCCCGCUAUACCACGGCCAAUCUGAUGGUGAGAAUGACCCGGACCUCCCCGUGCACAGUUUCCAGAAUGUCGGCACCAUGAUCAGAUCAUCACCUCCCCGCACUCCUCCCCCGAAACAUGCUCGCCUGCCUCGAACCGAAAAGGCUCUGCAGAAUGAAGACGGCGCGGAUCUCCUCUUGUACCUGGCGAACUCGCCAACACCUGCUCGAGUCGCGGGUAGAGGCCAGACGAGCGAGUUUCCUCCGUCGACUCCACCCAGCCAACAUGCCGUUCUACCUUCGCUGACGCCCACUCCUGGGGGUGGUGUUUUUCCAAAUUUUGGUACGCCUAGUCAGCCCUUCAACUUUGCCGAUUUUGUGAAUGUGACUCCAAGCCCUGCGCAGCCGCCCUGGGGAGGCCGUACCCCCGGAGGCCCUUCUAGAACGCCUCUUGCAGCUAAAAGCACUAGAAAGAUGUUGAACUUUGACAAUCUGGUUCCCCCAGGCAUUGAAAACCCCAAGCAUCGCGACAAAGAGUCCGGUCUCGCUUUGCAGCUUGGAGAAGAGCUGCGGCCGUGACCUUGGGUGAUAAUUUUCCAUUGCGCCUCCCUCUAACUGAUCCUUUUCAUGACUGUUAAUGAUUCACGCUUCUAUUUUUUGUCAUAUGUAAUUCGGCAUCCGCUCAUCAGACCAGCUUUCCGCCUUUUUCUUUAACGCCUUGCCUCGUAUCUACUCUACUUACUCUCUCUUUGAGUAAAAAGGGGUUCUUUUGGCAUGACCCCAUGCGUGGCUUUUCUUUCUUCCCUGUCAGUGUCUGACUGAUGCUUUCCUUUUUUAUUAACUAGUGUAUUCGUUUCCUUUGUCUAGUAACCAGGGCUCUUAGUGAUACUAUUAUCCUUUGUCAGUAUGGCAUGAAAGUGUUGAAUAUGAUGUUAGAAUACAUUUUCCUUGAUUUCAUUCCGGGUAAAUUCACUACAAUUUACAUAUAGAAAUAUGAGGACCUGUGAAAAUGAAGCCAGAAAUGGCUCUCCGCAGCCAAAUCCAGCUCCCCUCCCUUUUUACCUGGCCUCGUUGCUCGCGUACAAAAUGCCACCUCUCCCCCCCAUUUCCCUUCAUGCCCUCACACCCUCUGAUCCUCACCUCGUCUCAACAUGUCUCUUCCUAGUCCUCAAGCUGAUAUCUGCGUCGUCUCCUCCCAGAAUACAGCCUCAAUCAUCUGCUUCUCAGGUUGUCUCAAUGGUACCCCCCUACCUUGCCCUUUGCUCAGCCUGACGAGCAUCAAUGCUGGACUUACCUUACCUCACUCUCUGUGAGCAGACUGGAGCAUUUUCGCAGCCUUGGAUGGUUCUCUCCAAACUUCAAGUCAAAGACUGCAAGGCAUAGCUGUCGUUGAAUAAUAUUGGCAGAAGGCCGUAACCUAACCAACCUACAAGUAGGUUUUUGAUUAGAAGAACUAGCCGGGAAACUAUGCAAGUUGGCAAGGCUGCGCAGGUGGUUUGUGUUGGCGUUUAGCUCCUUCCUAGUUAAGUUAGGAUUAGCGCUGCUUACUUAGCAUGGCGUACCUAGAACAACCAACUCAACAAGCGAGUUCGACUCUUGAAAACACUAUAGGUUCUCGGGGCUAUUCCCCUCGAGGACUAGCGCCUCAUACGAAGAACAUGCUCUCUUUUCGUUUACGC